AGCCACGCGGAGGAGUCUCUCCCGCGAGCGAGGCGGCCGACUCAGCGGAGACACGGGGGCAGCGCCCUGCCCGCCUUUGUAUCUCUCUCCCUGACACAGCCCCCUCCCCCCUUGAUAGCAGAGAUACCCCCUCGUACCAGGACCCGCGUCUCCACCCUCAAGACCGUCCACCGCCUGCCCCCCUCCCAACACCCUCCACCAACUCUCUCCACCAGCUCUCUCCACCACCACCCUCUCUCUACCACCACCACCACAACUCCCUCUCUCCACCACCACCACCACAACUCCCUCUCUCCACCACCACCACAACUCCCUCUCUCCACCACCACCACCCUCUCCACCACCACCUCUCCACCACCACCACAAUGCUCCGAUCCCUCACCCGUCCAUGCACAGCCCUGACCACCCUCUCACCAUCCCGUCUCUCUCCCCUCACCCCUCACCCUCCUCCCCCGCUCGCCGCUCACCCCGCGGUGUCGUCCCCUCGUCUCUUCUCGGCGUCGUCCUCCUCCCGUGGUCGACGCGCCGACAUCACGCGGCGUUGGCUCCCCCCGGCGCCCUCCAUCCCCGGCUUGGAGCGGGUCUCGUACGGGAGCCGCGAGCACUUCGUGCCGGGACUCGCCCACCCGCCCCGGGAGAGCUGGGAGCGGGGCUGGCUCGCUCCUCGACAAGGGGGGAGGCGCGCAACGUCGGACAAUGCGGCGGUGGUGGGGGGCGAGCAGCAGCAGGCGUUCGUGUUUCACCCGCGGACGCAGCUGGUGGAAGGCGAGCGUCAGGCGCUGUGGCUCACUAAGUCGGUGUUGAGGCCGGGCCUGCCCCCAUCCCUCCAGGCCCUGGUCGCGGUCGCCAAGGCCGAGGCCGAAGCCGGGGACCUCUCGGCCCGGGCCCUGCGGGCCGUGGAGCACGCUCGCUUGUGGGACCUCGGGGAAACGCGGCCGCCUCGACAGCGCUUCUGCGAGGUGUUGUGGCGAGACCUCAUGACCGUGUGCCACUCCCUGGCUCCACGCUACCCGGGCAUCCUGGAGCGCAGUCUGGUGGAGGGAGCCAAGAUCGGCGUGUCCUGGCAGAGGGGCCCCGAAAGCGUCCACGCGCGGGGCCCGCACGGCGCGGUGCUGGUGGGCCGAGCGCCGCUGGGCCGCAUCGCGUCCCCGGAGGAGACGGAGUCGGCAAGCGGCGAGCCGCUGCCCGACUUCUCCCCCAUCUCCCCGCUCAUCGACCUGCAGCGCGUCCACGUCACCCACACGGCCACCACCACGGGGAUUCGAGAGGGGUUCCCGUAUCCCCACGCUCACACGCUGUUCCUCCUCGAGGGACUGGAUGAAUGCUGCCGGCUCUCCGCAUCGCAGCUGCGCGCCAAGAUGCUCGUCUUCAGCUUCGCGCACGCGCUGGCCCAGGCACGCGCACUCUACGGGGAGGCGCCGCUGCGCUCGCUGCCCGUGCCCGUGGUGGUGCAGAGCGUGGCCACCAACGGACGAGUCUUCCACUUCUCGGCGCUGCAGCUCAACACCACGGAGCUGCGGGGCGGCGACGGCCCCCGCAACGCGGCGUGGACGCUGGGAGACCAGCUGCUGUACGACUUCGCCAAGACGCGGCCACUCGUGCACAAGCGCCUUGUGCAGGUCCCAGUGGGGGUCUCAGGUUUCAACCCCAGCACCUUCUACACCUUCCUUGCCUUCUUCCUCAACGGAGCCCUGUGACAGACUCACUCACCCACUCAACUACUCACCCACUCACUCACCUUCCCACUCACUCACUCACUCACUCACCCACCCACUCACUCACCCACCCACUCACUCACUCACCCACCCACCCACUCACUCACCCACUCACUCACCCACCCACUCACUCACCCACCCACUCGUAGACUUCCGGUUUUGGUCGCUGUGAUUCCAGCUUCUUGCACCGCGCGGCCUCUGCAGGGCCCCUUCCCAGGGUCUCUCCAACACCCCCCACCCAGUCCCUCCCAGGCCUCCCGUGCAAGCGAGGCAGCGUUGUGUACCGUGCCUGGUUGGGUUCAUUCCAUCUCGUGGCUAAAUAAAGGAUACGUACACACAUGCAACCUUG